CAGUGAAGCAUCAACAGGACACUUUCAGCUUCCAGGACACACUUCUAAAGCCAACAGCUGUGCAGCAAAGGAAGCGGCAGGUUAUAACCCAGCGUUACACGUGAGUGUCUCAGAAAGUGAAGGUAUGUUGCCAAGAUUCACAUCUGACGUACUUAGAGAAGAUCAGGAACAACACCGGAGGAGGAAACUUUGUGGUUAGCAAAGAACUGUAACGAAAAGGAGGCUGGGGCUUGGCUUUCGGGGGAUGGGCGUCCUGUCUCAGCUGGCUCAGUUGUUCUGGUGAAGGAACACGGACCGGGACAUGUAGGUAAACAACAAAUGAUGUGAGCUGUUACACUGGUACCAUCCUCACAUGGCAGACACAAGUGAGGAAAAGUUGAAAGCAAGUGUACCCGUGCAGGAAAGAGGAUGAUAAACCAUUGCAUUCCAACGCCUGGGUUUCCAAGACUAGUUUGAUCUGACAACGGUACACAUUUCUAAAAUGUAUUUGCAAACAGCACAAAAGGCCGUAGGCUCAGUAUACCAUCCUCAAUCACAGGGCAAAGGUCAAAGGAUGAAUCUAAACCUCCAAAAUAAAAUGGUAAAAAUGAUGCAGGACUCAAACGUGACUUGGGUGUGCACACUUCCAUUAGCCCUUGUGGCUGCUAGGUGUGCUGUAAACAGCCAAAACGGGGUUCCUGGACGUACUGCCGGUCCAUGGAGGCCCACGGGGGCCCUGGAGAAAAUGAGCUCUGGCACAUAUUAUGAUGCAUUACAAUGCUUGGUUGCAGGUUGCUGAUACCAAAAGGAGGGUCCUGAGAAGGAAGUACACACAGCACCAUGGGAGGAUCUAAAGGCAGACUCAUUGCUGGGUGCGUGGGAAACGCUUCCUGUCUGAAAUACAAUAAUGGAAGGCCUGUCAGCAGGACUCGGUUGAUAUGUGCGACUCUUGGGGACCAGUGAUAGCACACUCCGGCCCCUGGACCUCAGCUGAGUUACCAAAAAUAUUCUCCAUGACACGAGGCGCCCUAACUCAAGGAAUCACUGAUCAUGUCACAGGCUGGCACGUGGCCGUUAGCAGGAUUCCAGGAUGCAGAGGAAGACACAACAUUUCUGCAUCACAACAGUUUACUCCAAAACACAAAAUGGUACAAAAACCAGGUGUAACCCAGGUUAACUGGAUGCUCAAAAGUAAAAGCCUGUUAAUAAAAAGAGCAAUAAAUACUUUGUAUGAAGAAACAAUAUGAGACAAUAUGGUUAUAUAAUCUGUAAAUAUGUGUAAUAAUCUAUGUUGUUUAAAACCUGUUAAAAUAUGAAAAGAAUGUAAAUUCAUUGGUUAUUGUAAUUUACGUUUGAAUUACGGAAAUGGGACUUUUAUUUUGAAAGGGUACGUUGCUACGUAACCCAUGUGACUAGCUCCAUUUCCUGUGCAGAGGAGGGAGAACAUUCCGCAGUCAGCACAUAGUGCGCAGCAGAAGGAGAAGAGCAGGAAACUUUCCAGAAAAAUAUGAAAACGUGUCUAAAUACUAUUUUUGUUGUCUGAAGAAAGUGCAAAGAAGGUAUUUUUGAUUUCCCACCGUGUUCCUGUUUUGGAGAUGUUUUAUUUUCUGAACGGGACUUGGCCAAUUAGAUUGGGUUGAAGAACUAUCGCGAUAGAUCGACAUAAGAGAACAUGUGCAGGAGCACAUGUGCUUGAGAUAAAGAUGGCGAGCCACCCACGGAACCUAUGAACUGCGCAUGCGCCAGGACCAGUUCAGGAGCAACAAGCCCUCUGCUGACCGGUGCAUGGUACUACAACUGCCAGAUACCAAAACACCUGAGGAUUCCAGCUGAGGAAACGACAACCAGAAAGACCGUGGCCACGGCAAACAGACCCUUUCCGGGACUGGCUCUCGUCUCACUGGCUGGAGUCUGAUGGUUGACGGUAUACCUCGGAGAGGGAAGACAACUUGGUGAGUAAUAUUUCCUUAGGGGGGAUUAAAAGAGAAUGAGUGAAACGUGUUAAGAAAAGACAAGCAGAGUCAAUAAAAUCCCGCUAGGCCUGCUUAGAGUGAAACCUUGUGAAUACUAGUCAAUGGCAAGUAAUUGAAGGACACCGAAUUCCGAUAAAUUCCGUGGUAAAGAUGGACACCGGAUUCCCAUAAAUUUCGUGGUAAAGAGGGAUGCCGGAUUCCGACAAAUUCCGUGGUAAUAACAGGAUGGCGGAGUCCUAUGCGCAUUUAAAUUCCGUGUUGUGUGCUUGUGAGUGUGAGUGGAGACGAAGUUUCACUAGAAACUUAUCUCAUACCAAAGCGGUGAGAUUGUAAGUGGUGACUUGUUGUGGAAGCAGAGGCAAGAAUUCUCCGCCCCCACCGGGGUAGAAGCUUGAGAAUUACCACAAUAAGAUCAUUUUUCACCACCUCACUGACAGAAAGAAAAACCCAGUUAUUAGAAUUCCCUAGGAAUUAACAUCAUAACUGGGACCAAAUUGAAUUAAAAUGGGAAAUGGAAAAAGUAAAACAAACUAUAAAGAUAACUUACAGAGUAAAGACUGGCGAUUCGUUGAAAAACAAGAUUCAACAAAGUUAAAAUACCUGGAUAAAUGGGUGUCUAAAUACGGGAAUGAUGGCCAAUUAAAUUCCCCAAAAAUAGAAGGGCCAGAGUCGCCUUCACCUGCUGAGGAGACUGAGGUCCUUUGGUGUGUGCAGGACUCUUUUACGGACCUUUUAUGACUCUGUGGUGGCCUCAGCCAUCUUCUAUGCUGUGGGCUGCUGGAGAGGGGGCAGCACGGACAGGGACAGGAGCAGGAUCAAUAGGCUGAUCAGGCGAGCGAGCUCUGUCCUGGACGGUCCUCUGGACUCCGUGGAGGAAGUGGGGGAGAGAAGGAUGUUGGCUAAGCUGACAUCCAUCAUGAACAACACCUCUCACCCGCUACAUGACACUGUGGGUUCCCUUAGCAGCUCCUUCAGCAGCAGACUGUUACACCCACGGUGUAAGAAGGAGAGGUUCCGCAGGUCCUUCAUACCGACCGCUGUCAGGCUCUACAACACCUGCACCACCUGAACCAUGUUGUAGACACCAUGCUUUCUUUACACUGUUCUCUUUACUUGUCUUGCUGCUGUAACAAGUAAAUUUCCCCGCUGUGGGAUAAAUAAAGUACAUACAAUACAAUACAAUAGUGUCGUUACAGGACUAGAUACUUUAGUGGAUGAAAAAUAAUGAUAAAAAGAAAAUAAUUAUAAAAAGAUGAAAAAAGAAGGAUAUGAAGAGACAGUUUUGGCUUAAUACAGCUCAAAAAAGAGAAGAAGGAGAAAAAGAAAAGAAAAACAAAAAAGAAACGUGUGUGUAAAAAGAAAAGAAAAAAGGAACAGCAAAGAUGGAAACAGAAGGUUGAGAAGUUAAAAAUAAGAGAGAAGGGACUGAGGAAGUGAAAGUUAAAGAUAGAGAAGAGGAUAAUAAGAUAGUAAAUGUUCAAAGGACUGAGUAAAGUAGGGAAGAAAGACAGCAAGGCAGACCCUCACUGGAUCCUCUCUUGCUGGUGUCUCCACCACGAUAUGAGGAGCAGUGUAGUGAUAUUCCACAGCAGAGAACUGGAACACCGAGUGCAAGGCCUGAUCAACCGAACCACUCGACGUUUCCUAAAAAGAGCAGAUGACACCGCCAUAGGUAGAACUAAACAACAACUAGAUGAAACAUUUGAUGAUUACAGAGCCACAAUGAUAACGGUAUUUAAAACAAAGUGGCUAACGGGAUAAUGAUGACCCACAGGGUCGUUAUAACAACAGCUAAAAAAUGCGUUACACGCUAAUUCAAAAGACGCUAUAAGAAAUUGGUUCUUCAAAUAUUACAUACAUUUUGCAACAGGCAUGCUAGAAGAAUAUGUUAAACAUGCCAUACAUGGGGAAAGAAAAUGACAAAGGAAAAAUCUUAGGCUUAAAAAAUGAAGAUACCUUCAUAAAUGAAGAAGGUCAAAUAUACUUUCAAAGUAACGCACUAAACAGGAGGAUUUGGAAGAGGACAAUUUAGACUAAAUGCGUCAGGCUGUUGGUGUUGUGGAAAAGAAGGGCAUAUUGGACGCAAUUGUUAAAAAAUAAAUAAAUAAAUAAAAUUAAAAGUAAAUAAACACCAAGAAAUCAUACACUGUGUGACUAGGCCAGCCUGCUCCCACAGCAGAAGAAAGGGACACUUCUGAGUCAAUGAACAAAAACUUAGUGGAGCUCAAUUUACAAGAGUUGUAAAUCCUGCUGUGGUAGUACUUGUAGUACCACAAACAGUAUGGAAAGGCAUGUCAGUUGCCCAUUUUAUUGGUACCAAAAUGUCCUGUCAAUCUGCUGUGGAGAGAUGGCUUGUCAGCCCUGGGACUGGCUUUAGUUCCAACUAGCGAUGGAAACAUCAUUGUUAAAAGGCAACAUGUAAUAAAAGACUAAUUUGCAGUAAAAGCGGAAGAAUUCCCUUCCUACUAUUAUUCAUUGGACAUACCAAACAAACCACCUCAGAGUGUGGGAACCAAUCAUCUACAGGAAGGACAAGCGUUACUGCAAAAUAUUGAGGACACAAUGACUAGCGACAACUUACACAUAACUCUGUACUACCGAGGUACUUUAGGGCCAAAUCCAGAAUAUGAAAAACAAUUGGCGAGCAACACCAGGAGUUGUACUCAUUGAUUACAUCUAUUCAGACGGAUCAACUACUGCGGUAGCAGGAGUUCAAUUAAAAGACCUACAAACGCUGUAUCGACAGUGGGGAACACCACAUGUGUCACUCUACAAGGCAAAAGGUGAAAAAUGGAAAGAUUUAACAGAAAUAGUACAAUUGGGACAACAAACGACUGACUGGGUGCAAACACCUGAAGGAGUCGACAGAAGUGAUAUUACAGGUUUACUAAGGAAAGCCAUAUUUUGGACUGUACAAGUACAAGAAGGACGACACCUUCAGAGUCCUGUAGAGUGACAGUAUGUGUUGACAGACGAGGAAGAAGAACAGCUCAAAACCAUACCUGAAACAUUAUGGUCACAGGGUCCAUCUGAUGUAGGUCAAAUUAAAGGAGCAUUACCAGUACACAUUAGAGCAAAAACAGAAUAUAGACCUUGUAUACGGCAAUAUGCUCUAAAACCAGAUGCAUAUGAAGGUAUAAAGCCUGUAAUUGAUGAUUUAAUAAAAGCAAAAGGUAUAAUAGAAUGUCCAGAUUCACCAUGUAAUACUCCUAUUUUUCCAGUCAAGAAGGCUCCGCCUUCUGUUGGCUGGAGAAUGGUGCAAGACUUACAGGCGGUAAACAAUGCAGUGAUUCAAAGAGCACCGUGUGUACCUGAUCCACAUACGCUUUUAAAUUCGUUAAGGCCUGAUGCCACUUAUUUUACAGUAGUGGAUAUAAGCAGUGCUUUCUCUUCAGUACCAGUAGAUAAAGAAAGCCAAUUCUGGUUUGCUUUUACCUUUGGAGGAAAACGUUACACCUAUACAAGGUUACCCCAGGGGUAUUGUGAAAGCCCCACUAUUUAUUUACAAGCCAUGACUGCUAGCAUGGCCAAGUUCAGUCCACUCAGGCAGCUGAAUUAGUUGCAUUAACGGAAGCCUGUAAAUGAAUGAAAGAUAAAACAGUAACUAUAUGCACCGAUAGCCAAUAUGCAUAUGCUACUGUGCACACAUUUGCCCAAUAUUGGAGAAGCAGGGGCACGGUAACAUUGACAGGCAAGCCAGAUACAGAUGCGCACCUGUUACAGGAGUUAUUAGAUGCUGUUUAAUUACCAUUAAAACUUGCAAUUUGUAAAUGUGCUGCACACACCAACGGGCACUAAUAAAGCCACAAAAGGAAAUGCAUUUGCAGAUAACAUGACUAAAGUUACUGCUGGAAAUUAAAUGACCGUAUUGACAGCACCACAACAACACCUAGAUAAUGAGGUUCUCAAAGGCAUGCAAUAACAAAUUCGUAGUCUGAAAUAAAAAUUUGGAAAAGAAAAGGGGCUACACUUAAAAAUGCCAUCUAUGUUGACCAAAAUUUGAAGCCUAUUUUUCCAAAAAUGUAUAUACAGUACAUGGGAGGCUAUUUUGAGCCAUGGUGUGUCACAUGUCUCAACAGGAGGGAUGGUUAGUCAGAUACAUCAAUAUUUUACCACCUAUGGCUUUAAUUCAUAUUCAAAAAAUGUUUGUAGAGCCUGUCUAACAUGCGCAAAGCACAAUCCGAAAGGCAAUUUACGCCCGCGACGCGGUCGGUUUCCAACACCGCAAUAUCCUUUCCAGGUAAUACGUAUGGACUUCAUAGAGCUAAGCAAAAGCGAAGGAAAGAAAUUUUGUUUGGUCAUCAUAGAUGCAUUUUCUAAAUGGAUAGAACUCUUUCCAACAAAGCAUCCUGAUGCCUUGACGGUGGUAAAAGCACUACGGAAAGAUAUUAUACCACGAUAUGGUAUACCUGACACGAUUUAUAGUGACAAUGGCUCUCAUUUUGUAAACCGGAUAAUACAAAAAAUAGGAACAAUGUUCCAUAUUAACUUAAAAAAUCAUUGUGCUUACCACCCUCAAAGCGCAGGACUAGUGGAACGAAUGAAUGGAACAAUAAAAAAUAGACUCAAAAAGUGUAUGGAGGAAACAGGGAGACUAAAGACACAAAGUCCUGAUCUUGUUAAAUUAUAUAUUAAUAUAACUGCUUCAAAUGGAAUAACACCAUUUGAAAUUUUAUUUGGAAGACCAUAUAGACUACCAUACUUCAAAAGUCAAUGGGAAGCUGAUGAUGACGCUAAUCUCGCUGACUAUACGCUUGUUGGAAAGGCAAAAUAAUAUAUGUCAACCUGCUGAGAAUUCUACUGUCUCCCAGCAGGAGAUUCAGUUAGUUCAACCAGGAGAUUGGGUCCUCAUCAAAAGCAUCAAAAAGAAGCACUGGCAUUUACCCAAGUGGGAAGGUCCCAACUAAGUAUCAUUGACAACACAAACAGCCCUAAAAGUAACUGAAAGAUCAACAUGGAUUAAUUUGAAACAUUGUAAAAAGGUCCUUUCAACAGAGAAACCCCGACGGGAAAGGUGAGCAAAGGUCUGACAAUAAGGUGGGUGCAGACAUUUAGAGUCUGAAAAUACCUGACGGUCAGUGAAGAAAGUACAAGACACCAAUCCUAGUAGAGGCGGAACUCCUAAGGUUCUCUGUGAAAUGACGGUAAUAAGAGCAAAGUAUUUUGUAAGUGAUAGAUAACUAUUAUGUUCAUAAUGGACAUAGGGCUGCUUGUAUGGGAUCAGACUAAUAACCUCAAAAAUGCAGACACAGUUGCCACUAAUGUAACCCCACUAACAGAUAGGCCAAAGUGAAGCACAUCAAAGACAGUACAUGCACCAUGGAUUGUUAGUUGGGCGUAUAGAAAUUCUAUCCAUAUGACUAUUGGUCCGAACACAACCACAGUGGUUAGGAGACAAGGAUCCUAUAUACAUUGAUGCCAUUGAUGUUCUCCGUGGGGUGCCUGAUGAAUAGAAAUUAGUAAAUUAGAUUGCGGCUGGAUGGGAAUCCAUAUUUCCAUGGAUUACCGUCAAUAAAAACGUAGACAGGAUUAACUACAUCCACUACAAUGUUCACAAAUUGGGAAAUUGGACACAAGUUGGAUUUGAAGCGGUCAAAGAACAACUUAAAGCCACGUCCCUGAUGGCUUACCAAAAUGGGAUUGCGGUGGACAUGUUGUUAACAAAGGAAGGAGGUGUGUGUGCAAUGUUUGGAGAACAAUGCUGUACCUUCAUUCCCAACAACACUGCUGCUGAUGGCAGCCUGACUCAGGCCAUUGAAGGCCUCCGCACCCUGAAUGGUAAGAUGAAGGAACAUUCUGGAGUGGAAACCUCAUGGUGGGACAGUUGGCUUGAUAUGUUUGGCAAGUACAAAUCCUUGGUGUCAUCUCUAUUGAUGUCAAGUGCUGUUUUUGCAGCAAUCGUAACCUUGUGUGGAUGUUGUGUUAUUCCCUGUGUGCGGGGUCUAUUUAACAAAAUGAUAAAUGCAGCUAUUUCACCCAUGGAAACUAAAAUGGCACAAAUGUAUUUGUUGUUGGAUCUGGAAGGGAACGAGAGAGAGAUGGAGACAGCUAUAGACAUGGAGGAUGAUCUCCAUUUGCCUGAUCUGUUUCCAGACCAGGUGACUAUGAGUAAAAGUCACAUUUGACUCUUGGUGUAAAUGUGUCCACAAGAGUUGGUACAUACUGUAGUCCAUGACCACACGGCGCUUACACCAGUCAUGGAGAGAUGACACUUACAUAUACACUUUACUUUGUGUACAAUAUAAUAAUAACACAAUCAUAUCAUCAUGUUGUAUUUCUUUUAUUGAUGCAAAUAUAUGCUGUAUCAUGUGGGAUGUUUGUGUCAUGAGAUCCAAUGUCAAACUGCACUGGCACCACAUCAUUAGGUACACCUGCACAAUAUGUGCUUCUUAAACAACAAGUGGCUGAUUGCAAAGAAAAAAUGAUAUUUUUGGAUCGGGAUGUUUCGCCAGUCACAAGACCCCCCAUCUACUGAACUGGACUUUACAGUCACUGAUCUCCUUCAGAUGACAGCGUCUACACAAGAUGUAGUCUAGCUGUGUGCUCCUACCUCCACUCUUAUAGUAUUCACGAUAGCCAUUUCCAUCCUUUUUGCAAAGUCAACCACCAUCUGUCCUUCUGCAUUCCUCUCCUGGAUACCAAACCUGCCCAUGGCCUCCUCAUUCCCUCUGUUUCCUGCACCAACAUGUCCAUUGAAGUCUGCACCAAUGACAUCUCUCUCUCUUCUAGGUAUGCUCUGCAUCACUUCAUCCAAGUCCAACCAGAAUGUCUCCUUCUCCUCCAGCUCACAUCCUACCUGUGGAGCAUACCCACUAACAACAUCGACCAUCACACCUUCCAUUUCUAGCUUCAGACUCAUCACUCAAUCUGACACUCUUGUUACCUCCAGGACAUUGCUAACAAACUCCUCCUUCAAGGUAACUCCUACUCCGUUUCUCUUCCUAUCUACACCAUGAUAGAACAACUUGAACCCUGCUCCUAAACUUCUAGCCUUGCUACCUUUCCACCUGGUCUCCUGGACACACAGUAUGUCUACCUUCCUUCUCUGCAUCAUGUCGACCAACUCUCUACCUUUUCCUGUCAUAGUUCCAGCAUUCAACGUCCCGACUCUCAGUCCCAUACUCUUGGCGUUCCUCUUCUCUCUCUUCCUACGGACACACUUUCCUCCUCUCCUUCUUCCACCAACAGUAGUCCAAUUUCCACCGGCACCCUGCAGGUCAACAGCACCGAUGGCGGUCGUUGUUAACCUGGGCCUCGACCGAUCCGGUGUGGAAGUCAUAGACUUGAUUAGCAUGUUUGAUUUGGCAAAAGUUUUACGUCGGAUGCCCUUCCUGACACAACCCUCUGUAUUUAUCCGGGCUUGGGACCGCCACAAUAAGACACUAAGACACUGGCUUGUGUCCUCUUGGGGCUACAUUACAUACUCAUGACCUUCACACUGCUCACUUAUUGAGCUACUUGUGACCUUUGACACUGCUAGCUUAUUGAGCUACUGGUGACCUUUGACACUGCUAGCUUAUUGAGCUACUCAUGACCUUUACACUGCUAGCUUAUUGAGCUACUGGUGACCUUUACACUGCUAGCUUAUUGAGCUACCGGUGAUCUCUGACACUGUUAGCUUAUUGAGCUACCGGUGACCUUUACACUGCUAGCUUAUUGAGCUACUCAUGACCUUUACACUGCUAGCUUAUUGAGCUACUGGUGACCUUUACACUGCUAGCUUAUUGAGCUACCGGUGAUCUCUGACACUGUUAGCUUAUUGAGCUACCGGUGACCUUUACACUGCUAGCUUAUUGAGCUACUGGUGACCUCUGACACUGCUAGCUUAUUGAGCUACGUGUUUCCUGGUGUUGACUUGUAUCUUCUCGUGUGGAUGUUUGAUGUGAUCGUGAGGACUUCUGAUCCUGCAAACAUUCCUGGUUCAAAUGUCUCCCGUUUGAAUGGAAUCUCCAACUAAAUGGAAUAUUUCAUCUUUUUAUGACUCAUUUCUUCUUUCAGGACAUUCUUCUCAGCCACGUCGGCCUUUUUGGAUGUUUUGGAAGAGAUCCCUUUCAAAGUGGAUUAUUUUGGUUCUGAUGCGGCCCAGCCCGUCAUGUGCCGUCUGAUUGGUUAGAGGCCAAUCAGCACUGAAACACACACACACACAUGCUGGAGAGGAGACCAACGUUUCAUCCCAGUUUCGUUGGUUUCAUCCCAUUUCACAAUGUCAGCAUUCAUGUGCUCACACGACAAGCAACGAAUUCAUGUCCUGGUGACAUCCAACGGUAAAAAGGUGGUGGUGAUGUGUUUAUGGAACACGGUCAGCACGUUUCCAAUGUCUUCCAUGAGCACCAUUUGGAAAGGGAAGUGGAAAUGAUUGUUGUGAACGUGCAGGUUUCCUUCCAUUGUCAAUGAUUGCAGUCCAGCUGUGGAUGGAUGGAUGAGUUCAUGUGCUGACGUGGAUGAUUGAUCUCAUGGCAUUUGUCUUCCACAUUCACGUCAACAAUCAAUGACUUGGCUUCUCGACCACAUGGACGCUAACGUCUUUGAUGAAGCAAGUCAUGUUUGUAGUUGCAUCGCAUAGAAUGAAACAUUAGAAUUGGACAGGAAGAACAAUCCAGCUAGCAAACAUCCAACUUUGGAACAAACCUUUCUUAUUCCUUCUUUGCGUUUGCUCUGAAAACACGGAUGGAAAAUAGGAGCGCUUCUUUUUCACUUUGGGCUUUCAUGUCAAACACCGAUAAACGAGUCACACGCCGAGUCGUCCGUGACCCCUUUUGUCCAUUUUUACACAACAUUGGAAAAAUGAUUUGUUGUCCGUUUCUUUGUUUUGCUCUGAAAAGAAGUCUUGAAAAAACAGGCCUUAUUUUGUUUUUCUUUGUUUGCUUUUAAUGUGAAAAGCCAAUAAAGGAAUGACGGGUGGAUUCGUCCUUGAUCCGUUUUGUCCGUUUUAUAACCGUGCUUGUCCAGCGUUUCUUUGUCUUUGUGAGAAAAGCAAAGGAGUUUUUAUUUGUGUGCUGGUGGCCAAGAAGCCUUCAAAGAGCAUCUCAGCACUCAAAGCACUCGGCUGCCUUGUGAUGGCAUCACGUGGCGUUGCUGGAAAUGAUGCGGGACGAUGAAGCCUAUAAAAGGGACGUCACCGUCAGACACUCACUCUACUUCCGCCUGGAAGAGACCGACAUCUCCGUUCUUCACGACCGAUCAUCCAACCGUCCUUCCUUCUUCCAGCCCGUUUGGUUCUGAGACGACUCUUCAGCGGACAAGAUGAGAAUGAUCCUUCUGCUGGUGCAGCUGGCCACCUGCUGUGCCAUCGCCUCAGGUCUCCAGUGCUAUAAAUGUACUAAUGACCUUGGAGUGUCCUACUUCGAUGCCUGGGACUGGACUGCUAAAUGUCCCCUCACCACAUGUACAAAUGCAGGAGAUCAGUGCUUCAUCACCAAAGAUCAGACUGCAGGCACCUACCAGGUGGGCUGCAAGGCUGCUUGUACAGGUGAUGCUAACACUAAGUGCUGUAACACUAAUGGAUGCAACAAGUGGCUGGACGUGGCUGCUGCAAAGCAACACGCUGCUGUCAAGACAACAUGCACUGACGCCAGCAGCAAGACCCUCACAGACUGCAUGAAUGCCAUCAAGGACAACACUCUCAGCUGCUAUUCAUGCUCUACUCCCCUUGGAGAGGACUACUUCACCCCCGACACCUGGGACUUGAGUACUAAAUGUCCCCUCAUCCAAUGUGCAGCAGGACAGCAGUGCUCCAUCACCAAAGUGUCAGAUGCAGGUCAGGUCUCCUACCAGGUGGGCUGCAAGGCCAAGACUGACUGUACCAAUGCUGUUACUAACAAUGAUGAUAACACUAAGUGCUGUGACACUCAUGGAUGCAACAACUGGCUCAACAUGGCUGAUGCAAACCAACACAGUGCUGUCAAGACAGACUGCACCGCCGACACCAGCAGCAAGACUCUCAAAGACUGCAUGGAUGCCGUCAUCAAGGCCAAGCCUCCCAGCUGCUAUUCAUGCUCUGCUCCCCUUGGAGCGAACUACUUCACCAGCUGGGACUGGAGUGCUAAAUGUACCCUCACCACAUGUCCAAAUGCAGGAGAUCAGUGCUCCAUCACUAAAGUGUCAGGUGCCUACCAGGUGGGCUGCAAGACCAAGGCUGCCUGUGACAGUGCUGCUAAUGAUGCUAACACUAAGUGCUGUGACACUCAUGGAUGCAACAACUGGCUGGACGUGGCUGCUGAUGCAUGGAAGAAGGCGGAGGCCAUCAAGGACGCUUGCAGCCCCUCCAGCAAGGACCUCAAAGCCUGCCUGGAAGCCAUCGACCCAACCAUCAGUGGUGGGGGGGGACUGGCUGGUGGUUUGGGCCUGCCUUGGGUCUUGGCCAUCAGCGUGAUUGUGUUGGUGGUACUGGGCUAA